UGGCGAUGCGGUCGUACACGGUGACGGUGGCCACGGGCAGCCAGUGGUUCGCGGGCACGGACGACUACAUCUACCUCACCCUCAUGGGCUCCCGGGGCUGCAGCGACAAGCACCUGCUCGACAAGCCCUUCUACAACGACUUCGAGAGGGGCGCGGUUGACUCUUACGAUGUGACGGUGACUGAGGAACUGGGUGAGAUCCAGCUCAUUAAAAUCGAAAAGCGAAAGUACUGGCUUCAUGACGACUGGUACCUUAAGUACAUCACCCUGAAAACUCCCUACGGGGACUACGUCGAGUUCCCCUGCUACCGCUGGUUCACCGGAGAGGGGGAGAUUAUCCUGCGGGAUGGCAAAGCAAAGCUUCCCCGAGAUGAUCACUUCCAUAUGCUCAAACAGCACAGGCGCAACGAACUGGAAAAUCGGCAGAAACUUUAUCGGUGGAUAGAAUGGAGCCCUGGAUUCCCCUCAAGCAUCGACGCCAAAUGCCACAAGGAUCUGCCCCGGGAUAUCCAGUUUGACAGCGAGAAAGGCGUGGACUUCGUCUUGAACUACUCCAAGGCGAUGGAGAAUCUCUUUGUGAACCGCUUCAUGCACAUGUUCCAAUCUUCCUGGAGUGACUUUGCUGAUUUUGAGAAGAUCUUCGUCAAGAUCAGCAACACCAUUUCCGAGUAUGUGAUGCAGCACUGGCAGGAGGACUUCAUGUUCGGGUACCAGUUUCUCAAUGGAUGCAACCCAGUCCUGAUCAAGAAGUGUACCAAGCUCCCCGACAAGUUGCCGGUGACCACGCAGAUGGUGGAAUGCAGCCUGGAGCGGAACCUGACCUUGGAGGAGGAGAUCGAGCAAGGGAACAUCUUCAUAGUGGACUUUGAGCUCCUGGACGGCAUCGAUGCCAACAAAACAGAUCCGUGCACUCUGCAGUACCUGGCGGCUCCCAUCUGCCUGCUCUACAAAAACCUGGAGAACAAGAUCAUCCCCAUUGCCAUCCAGAUCAAUCAAACCCCCGGGGAGAAUAAUCCCAUCUUCCUGCCUUCCGAUCCGAAAUACGACUGGCUGCUGGCCAAGAUCUGGGUCCGCUCCUCAGACUUCCACGUCCACCAGACCAUCACCCACCUCCUGCGGACGCACCUCAUGUCCGAAGUGUUUGGCAUCGCCAUGUUCCGGCAGUUGGCCGCCGUGCACCCCAUUUUUAAGCUCCUGGUAGCUCACGUGAGGUUCACCAUAGCCAUCAACACCAAAGCCCGAGAGCAGCUCAUCUGCGAGUGCGGCCUCUUUGACAAGGCCAAUGCCACCGGGGGUGGCGGACAUGUCCAGAUGGUUCAGCGGGCCAUGAAGGAUUUGACCUUCAAGUCCCUGUGCUUCCCAGAAGCCAUCAAAGCCAAGGGGAUGGAGAGCAAAGAGGAGAUCCCGUAUUAUUUCUAUCGGGACGACGGACUCAAGGUCUGGGAUGCCAUUCGGAGCUUCACAACAGAGGUGGUGGAGAUCUACUAUGAGAGCGACGAGGUGGUGGCUGAGGACGUGGAGCUCCAGGCCUUCGUGAAUGACGUCUUCCUCUACGGAAUGAGGGGGAGCAAGGCUUCGGGAUUUCCCAAGUCCAUAAAGACCCGAGAGAAACUCUCCGAAUAUCUGACCGUGGUGAUCUUCACAGCUUCAGCCCAGCACGCGGCGGUGAACUUCGGACAGUACGACUGGUGCUCCUGGAUUCCCAACGCCCCCCCGACCAUGCGGGCCCCUCCGCCCACCACCAAGGGUGACGUGACCAUCGAGAGGAUCGUGGAGACCCUGCCUGACCGCGGGCGUUCCUGCUGGCACCUGGGCGCAGUUUGGGCGCUCAGCCAAUUCCAGGAAAAUGAACUCUUCCUUGGCGUCUACCCCGAGGAGCAUUUCAUCGAGAAGCCCGUGAAGGAAGCCAUGGCCAAAUUCCGCAAGAACCUGGAUGUCAUCGUCGGGACCAUCGCCGAGAGGAACAACAACAAAAAGCUGCCCUAUUACUACCUGUCUCCGGACCGGAUUCCCAACAGCGUGGCCAUCUGAGCUCCCCCAUCCCCGUCCGGGCUCUUCCCCAAGAGUAGCUUUCUCAGAGAGGUUGGUGGUUGGGGUGGGGAGGCCUACAGCCUCUUUGCAAUUAUCCGAGCAAGUGGGAGAAAGCCCCAGAUGGGGCUGAACUCAAACCACAGAUAACCUCUAGACCUGCGCCAAUUAGGGUAUGCCAGUGUGUUGCCUAUAAGCAUUUUCUAUGCAGAAUCCAAUAUUCUCUGUGCCUUGUUCAAAUAGCAAAUGGAAAACUGCAAUGAGAAUUUAGAUUUCUAUUGGAUGUGUUCUACAAUCAGGCAGUUCAACUGCAAAAGCAAGUAAAGCAUUGCUUUUUUAAAUCACCUUCGUCAAGAUCUGCUGUUUUGAAAAUCUUGGAUGACUUUCUUACUUGUAUUUAUACUGUGUUCAUAAAUGAAAGUACUCUCAUUUUGA